AUGGUACGUGAAAUCGUUACGUUACAAAUUGGAAACGAGGCUAAUAAUGUUGGUGUACAUUUUUGGAAUCAACUUGAUAUUGAGCAAACUCAUAAUAAUCCUUUAAUUGAUUAUAAUACAUAUUAUACAUUUAAUAAAAAGACAAAUGUACCAUCACCUCGUGCAUUAAUUAUUGAUUAUCGAAAUACAUUUGGUUAUUUAUUAGAUGAAAUUGAAACAAGUUUACAUACAAAUAAAAAUGAUGAUUCAUCAAUUGAAAUUAUUAAACGUCCAACAGAAUCAAAUGUUUGGUCAAAUAAAUUAAAAACAAAAGCUAAAUUUCAUCCGAAAUCUUUAAUACCAUUAACUGAUUAUUGGUAUUCACCAGUUAAAGAAGAAAAUCAAUUUGAUAUUUAUCCUAUUGGACAACAAAUUUAUAAAAAAAUGUCUGAUCAAAUUGAAAAUUCUUUACAUUAUUUAUUAGAAUCAUGUGAUACAUUACAAAGUUUUCGUUGUUUAUAUGAUGUUAAUAAUAGUUUUUCUGGUUUAUUUACAUCUAUACAAGAUUAUUUACAUGAUGAAUGUCCUAAACAACCUAUAUGGUCAUUUGGUGUUGGUAAUCAACCAUCAGAAUUAAAUUUAAUCUUAUCAUUAAUACAUUCAUUAAAUGAAAAUCAAAUGCCAACAUUAACAUGUUCGAAUUAUGAUGAUACAUAUAAAUUAGGUUUAGCUAUACAACAUUCAUUACUAUCAACAACAUUAACACAAGAUAUACUUGUUGAUCGAUUAUGUCCGAUGAAGAAAAAUUUCUUAAAUUUAGUUUCAACUAUUCCAUUUGAAUUAAAACAUAAAACAUUAUAUCAUUAUCUUGAAAAUUCAACGGAUAAUGUAUUCCAAUUGACUAAGCCAAUAGCAUGUCAUUAUUUUCUUCGUGGAAUUGACCGAAAUGAAUUAUAUAAUCAAUCAUUGUAUAAACUUAAUGUUGAAACAUCUGCAGAUUUAAUUGAAAUAUAUUUACGUGAACAAUAUGGUUCAAAAAUGUUUGUAUCAAGUGAUUCUUGGAUUGAAAAAUAUAAUCAUAUGUCAUUAAUAACUGGAUUAAUUAAUGAUGAUAAUUAUUCAUUUGAUUAUUUUAAUAAUCUAUUAAAUAAAAUGAAAAAAAUGAAUUAUAAAUUAUUAUCUAAACGUUGGCAUGAAAAUGAUUUUGAUGAACAAAUGUUUGAACAAAUGAUGAAUGAUUUAAAUAGUAUACAUGAACAGUAUCAAUUGAAUACAUCAGAAUAA